AUGACCGAGACGUACGUCGCAUAUGGCGCAACACGGGACCUCAUCAAGGAAUGCACAAAGCCCGGUGAAUACAAGAUACCCCAAGCGCUGCUAAAGCGGGGCGAGAUACCCGUCGACGAGAACGGUGUGCACCUGGGCGAGGCCGAAGGAUGGUGGUAUGACACCCUCGGACUCAAGCCAACCUUUUCGAAUUGGGCCCAAAUCACCUUCAUCCACAUGUACAUGCUGCAAGUCCGCUUCCGCAUGUUCCCUCAGUCACACGCGCCAGUAUGGAUCCAGCACCUCACCAACCAAGCCUUCUACGCCGCCGAGGACAGACUGGUCAUAUGGCACAAGUUCAACGCCAAUUCGCUGCGUCAGAAGCAUCUCAAAGAUAUGUUCUCGCAGUGGCGGGCGGUGCUGCUGUCGUAUGACGAGGGGCUGAUGAAGGGCGACGCUAUGCUUGCGGCGGCUAUCUGGCGUAAUCUGCUCGGCGCGAAGGAGGAUGUUGACUUUGAGAAGCUGGCCCAGAUUGUGGGAUAUAUGCGGAGAGAGCUUAAGAGGCUGGAUAGUGCUACGGACGAUCAGGUGGCGGAUGGGACGUGGACGUUCCGUGGUAACCCCGGAGACGAGGCGCCUGUUGUUAAGGCGCCGAGUAGGAUGAUGGCGGCUGAGACUUCGAAGGCAUGA